AUGGCCGACUACAACGAAGAAGAGGAUCUCUUCGCCGACCUCUACGAAGGUGAUGACGCCGCUCCUUCCGCACCUGCGCCAGCCGCACCCGCGCCCGCAACUACUACUGUCGAGACCCCCGUCGCAGAGCAGGCUGAUUCGGCAGCCGUCUCGUCAGAGCAGCCUCCCCAGUCAGAACCCAUUGCAAAUGGCUCCAACGCACCCGCCGACCCUCAAUCAUAUUCAAACGACGGCUGGAACGACCAGCAGCAGCAGCAAGGCCAACAAAACUGGGAUUACAACAGCAACCAGAACCAAGGUAACGAUUAUGGCGCUUCUCAACAGAUGAGCCACGGUGGAGGUGGUGAUGAAGACUACAAGCCUAUUGGCAUCAAAGAAGACGGGUAA